AUGGUCAAGAUUGCAGUCGCCGGCUACGGAGAGAUCUCGGGACAGAUCAUCAAGGCCCUCUUGAGUGAUGGUCAUCAUGAGAUCACCAUUCUUGGCCGCAAAGAUGCCCCCAAAGACUUGCCAGCAGGCUUGAGCUGGAUCAAGGUGGAUUACCUGGACAAGCAACAGCUGGUCAGGGCCUUGCGAGGAAUGCACACGGUGCUGUCGUUCAUCACUGUCGUGAUGGACCAUGAAAACCAUGCUCAGAUCAACCUCAUUGACUCUUGCGUCCAAGUUGGCGUGAAACGAUUCGCGCCGAGCGAGUGGGCGUUUUACAAGGUGGAUGCCUUUGCCAUGUAUCAAGGGAAGCGCUUGAUCCGCGAAUACUUGAAGGACUUGAACAAGGACCGAAAGGUUUUGGAGUAUUGCCUAUUUCUCCCCGGGGUAUUCAUGAACUACCUUGGACCACCUGAGAAAAUGGAAAAGGGCGUUUCUUAUACUCAGUUGUUCUUAGACUUUGAGAAAUGUCGUGCUAUCCUCCCACAAGGUCCCGAUGCAACAGUAACCUUCACUACCCUUGGAGACAUGGCAAAGACUGUUUCAAAGGCUUUGGACUAUGAGGGCGAAUGGCCUAUCAUGGGUGGAAUCGCCGGUAACAGGAUCAAGAUUUCUGAGCUACUUGAGCUCGGAGAGAAGAUUAGAGGCAAGAAGUUCGCUGUUGAAAAGGUGAAGCUGGAGGACCUAAAGGCCAAUGAUUACGUGACUUCAUGGAACCCAGUGACCCUUCAUCCAUCAAUCCCCCUGGAGCAGCGCGAAGCGGCAGGGAGAGAGUUUGCGAGACUAUCUCUUCUUGGUCUUCUUGACGGGGGAUGGGAUAUUUCCGGUGAUUGGAAUAAGCUCUUGCCAGAAAUUGAAUAUGUGACUAUUGAACACUUCUUGCAAGAUGCAUGGAGCAACCUAUAG